AUGGGCACUAAUCCAAGAUUUUCGGAAUAUUUAAUCAUGCAUAAAAUUCGAAAAUUCGGACUUUAGAUUUGAACAAGACAGAAAAACAAACAAUGAAAUGUUUCGUCUAGUUUUGCAUCGACUACUUAUCAAAAGGAUAUCUACUAUCAGUAGUUUUUUUCUUACACUUAAAUUUAUACACUAAAUUCUCUAGAAACUAUUACUUUCUCUGCUAUGAAACGAUCACUUACUACUGAUAUCAUAGAUUUGACACCAUUUCCAGAAUUAUAUACAGAAGAGAAUAUUAUAGUACAUAGGAUAUUCAAAAAGUAUGGCUUUGAUUUACGUAUUGCUGGUGGUGCAGUCCGUGAUAUUCUACUGGGUAUUUCUCCGCAUGAUAUUGAUUUUGCAACGGAUGCUACUCCUGCUCAAAUGUAUGAUAUAUUCUCUAAGGAAGGUAUUAGAAUGUUAAACAGAAAUGGAGAGUCUCAUGGAACAGUUACAGCUCGAAUUAAUGAUAAGGAAAAUUUUGAAGUUACUACUCUACGUAUCGAUGUUGUCACAGAUGGUCGACAUAGUGAAGUUACUUUCACUAAUGAUUGGAAAUUAGAUGCUGGUAGAAGAGAUCUUACAGUGAAUUCUAUGUUUCUUAGUAUUGAUAUGCAUGAAUUAAUUGAUCAGACUAAUGAAACAAAAGAAAAUGAUUUAACUAGUAGUAAACCAAAAGUUUUUGGAUAUUUAUGGGAUUAUUUUAAUGGUCGUGAUGACUUGUAUAAUCAUCGUAUACGAUUUGUUGGUGAUCCAGAUGCUAGAAUAAAAGAGGAUUAUUUAAGAAUAUUAAGAUAUUUUCGAUUUCAUGGUCGUUUAGCCAUUGAAGAUACUUAUGAUAAACAUGAUGAAGACAUUUUAAAGGUUAUCGCAUCAAAUGCUGAUGGUUUAGCUAAGAUAUCUGGUGAACGUUGUUGGAGUGAAUUAAAAAAAAUUUUAUUAUAUCCAUCAACUCCAUUUCUUUUACGUCGUAUGGCAGAUGCUGGUCUAUUUAUUCAUCUUGGUCUUCCUGAAAAUCCCAAUUUUGAGGAACUUGAUAAAGUUUGGCAUAAAGGUAUCCUAUCAACUUCACCAAAUCCAGUCACUUGUUUAGCUGCAAUUAUGUCAUCACCUGAUGAAGUUGAAAUAUUAGAUAAACGUCUUCAUCUCUCCAAUAUUGAUUUAGCUAUCCUAUUGUAUAUCAUAAAGAAACGUGAUCAUUGUGCUAAUUUAUAUCAUAUAAAUGAUGUAUUAAAAUUCUAUGAAAAAGAAUAUAUAUUAUCACAAGAACAUAAUCAAUUAAAAUAUGUUACAAUAGAAAUGUUAAAAUAUUUAGUACAUGAUAAAAUAUUUUUAAACCAAUGGUUAAUAUGGCAACCACCAAAAUUUCCAAUCAAUGGUAAUAUGCUUAUUAAUCAAUGGGGUAUACAAAAUAAAAUGAUACGUUGUAUUCUUUAUAAAUUACGUGAACAAUGGUGGGAAUCUAAUUAUCAAUUAACAGCUAAUGAAUUAUUAAAUAAUACAAAUAAACAAUAUAUAAUGAAUAAUUUAAAUGAUAUAACACAGAAUAAAAUUGAAAAUUAACAAUAAAAAAGAAAAAAUCACGAAGAUAAUAUAUGUGGGUUUAUCCUUUUUGUUGUUGUUGUAUAAUCUAUACAUUUAUCUAUCAUAAAGAAGUAUUCAUCAUUAGUUAGGGGACAGGUGUUUCAUCCAACUAGUAUGUGACUACUCAGCAGUGUAGACCCAUGACCCGGCUAGGGGGUCGAACUCAGCACCUUCAGGUUUCAUAGUGACCGAGUUAAUCAUUCCUUUCUUCAGGUUUUACAAUUAUGGAAAAAAAGAUAUAGGGAUUGCAGUGAAAUCGAUUUAUCCCUUUUAUUAUCAUUUAUUACUAGUUGUCCCUCAGGUUCCUAAUGGAACAUAGGCCUUCAGUAACACGCCUCCAGUGCACUCUCUUCUCUGAAAUCUUUUCAACCUGGUUACACGACAGCCCAAAAGCUCUCAUUUCUUCCUCACACGAUCUCCUUCAUAUCACCCUUAGACGCCCCCACUCAUCGUUUCCCAUUUGGCUUCUAUUUCUUCACUGCAUCCAUCUCCAUCCAUCGGCACUUCCUUCUGCAUACUUGUUGAGCGAUAGGUUCUUGCUUCCUUGGUUCCCUGACAGCCAGAGUUCGUUGUUGAUGAAUAUCUAUAGUUUGUUGGAAAUGCCUUUCGU